GAAGAACUGAUGCGCAACUCAGACCCACUGGUGUGGGGUCUAACUGGUGAUACUUCACUGGAUGAUGAUGGACCAACUAGGUUGUGUGAAAAGAUUUGGGCUACUGUGAAUGGGAAAGUUUUCAGUGCUGUGAUUGUGACAUUGGUGUUUGUUGAAGGCCUAGUCAUAUUUUCAGAGUUGCUCAUUGAUUUUGAAGUUGUCCAAGAUCCACAGUGGAAGACAAGUUUAAACUGCUCUGCCAAUGUGUCGGGGCUGGUUUUUUCUUCAGCAGGGGCCAACAGUCCGAAGCUUAGGAUGGCCAAAGACAUUCUGUCAUAUAUUAGUAUUGUUAUACUAAUUAUUUUUGUCUUUGAGGUUGGCUUUAGAUUAGUUUCAGGAAGAGCAAGAUACCUUAUUCAAGGAAUGGAGAUAUGUGAUGCUAUUGUUGUUCUUGUGGCAUUUGGACUUGACAUUGCAUUUUUAACAACACCCUCUAAAAAAGGAGCUGGAAAAGAGGCAGCAGUACUGAUAAUUCUUCUUCGAUUAUGGAGGAUUAAAAGAAUCCUUCAAAGUGUCAUAGAUAACACCAGACUAGAGAUGGGUCAUUUUCUGUCUAUUUGUGAGAGAGAGAAAAUACAAGCUGAGCAUAAAGUGGACAUACUGAUCUUGAAGGUCGAAGAUCUUGAGCAUGAAGUUGCCUAUCUAAAGGAGAAACUGAAAAAAACUGAAAAAGAAUCCUUGUAUGCCAAGAGACAGCGUAAGAAAGAUGGAUAUUCAAGUACUCAACAUAAACAUCCAACAAUAACAAUAGGUGUGGAAACUAGUCCAGCUCGUCAUCCAUGCACAGGAACUCAGACGGCCAUAGUAAUAUGUGAGCAGCAUAUUCCAGAGGAAAAAGUAACCAAGGAGCAGGUAAUGGACAUGCGGACAUUUGCUGAUGUGACUUCUACUCGUAUCAUAGCUGAUGCUCUGUGUAUGGUGACAGGCAACCCCAAUCAGUUUUUAAGAUCCCCAACCACUGGAGGUUCUACUGUAAAGGAUGGAACAACCUCUCAUUGCAGAAUUGCUGGUGAUUUUGAGAGUGGCUACAUUUCCAAUGUUAGUGGAAUAACUUGGGAUAAAGCAGCUAGUCGUAUUCCUACCCUGGGAACAAGAACCACCCUGAAAUGUCCAGAAAGUAGCCCAGAAAGUGGAUAUGGCUCAAGCAGUUCAGCUCGCAACCCUGCUGCAUCUAGUGUUAGUCCUUUAGAUACUGGAACAGAGACAGCAAGCACAUCCACUGGAAGCUCCAAGCAUACAGACACGGUUUUUCUUUUUCCUGACCCAACAGGCCAACGACGAGAAGUUGAACUCGGAGUAGAGAUGGAUAUCUUGGAGGAAAUUUCUGAGAUUGAAAGAGUCAAACAUAUUGAGUUUGAUCCCAAUAAACAAGACCAGGACAUCCCCAUGACAUCUCUUUGAUGAAGCCAUUUUAAGGCACAAUCAUGAAGAAGGCAGCUCUCUCUCUUAUUCUCGGCAGUGCUGGGAAAGAGAUCUUUGUUAUUAUAGUAAGGUUUGUAAGUCCUAUAUCACCAGAGUUAUUUAUUGUGAAUUUGAUCCUGAAGCAACAGCCCAGAUAUAUUUGUAUUGUAAUUUUACUGCCAUUAGUCUUUGUAUUAUGCUUGAAUGUGAAAUGUUUAAUCCCAUACAGCCAUAAAAAAUGAAAUGUGUAUUUUUAUCUUUUAUCUACAAUCUUUUAAUAUAAAAAGAUAAGAUUGUUCUUGAAUGGAAAGUGUUAAUCAUUAUUGUGAAUGGAUUAAAGUGGGAAAAAUAUCCACUUUUUGACAUUUUUUUUUAUUGGGGUUGUACCUUGUUUUAAAUUUAUGUGAAACUGAGCUCAUCAUUAAAUGUUGAAAUCAUUGUGAACUUUUCAAUUAGUUACCUGUUAAAUAGGCUUAGCUAUCAAGGAGCUCCCCUUACAACUUAAUUGAAAUUAAUGCUUUUUCAAAGACUUGAUAACUGAAUUCAUUCAAAAAUUGUUGUUUAAUAUUAUCAAGUUAAUUUAGACAAGAUUUGUUUUUAAAAGUAGCUGAGAAAACAAAUCCAGAAAGAAUGCUAUUAAAGAAGCUACAUGUUAUUAGUUGUUCCAUGCAAGUUGCAUUUUUAUUUUAUGGUGUAUAUCCUCUUAUAUAACACUGUUUAUUUACAUUUUGAUGCAGAAUAUAAUAGCAUUUGUGUAGUUUAUUUUCA